AUGGCAGACAUUGACAUUGAUCGGUUCUUGGAGGUGGAGGCGUCGGCCAUUCAGAAGGAUGCCGAGGUCGAGCGUAUCAUAGCCUGCUUCAAGUUGGAUCCAUAUGAUAUUUUGGAGCUGGAUGUUGGCUGCGUAGAAAAGGACAUCAAGAUGGCAUACCGCAAGAAGUCGCUGAUGAUUCACCCGGACAAGGUCAAGCACCCCAAGGCACGAGAUGCGUUCGACAUACUCAAGAAGGCAGAGACGGACCUCAUGGAUUUGGGCAAACGGACGUUCCUCAACAGUAUCAUUGAAGAAGCAAAGUUCGAGGUCAAGAAGGCCCAGCCGUUGCAGAUGGCACCCACAGAUCCCUUUUUCAGUUCGCCCGUGUACAACGGGCUGGUCAAGCAAAAGACCAAGGAUUUGUUGAUCGAGGUCGAGCUCAGGAAGCGCAAGCUGAUGAAGAAGGAGAUGGAGGCUGAGGGCGAGGUGGCGAGGAAAGCAGACGAGGUGAUCACUGAGCGGAAACGGAAACAGGAGGCCCAAAAGGUGUGGGAGGACCAGAGGGACGACCGUGUGCAGGGGUGGAGGAAUUUCCAGGCGGGCAAGACUUCUGGCGGCAAGAUGAAGAGGAAGAAACCAUCGACUUUCCGUCCUCCCAAGGCCGUUGCUGAGGACUCGCUGCCCUACAGCAAGCGCCCCACCACCUCUUCUGCCUCUGAAGGCUUUUAA